AUGAACUUGAGAGCAACAUCCCACUCGGCUGCGCUAUCAUGUCCAAAGAUUUUGAUGUUACAUGGCCACGCCCAGUCCGGACGUACGCUCCAAUGCAAGACCGAAUUUCUGAAGCCUCAAGUAAAAGAUACUAUACUCAACGCUGUGCAGCAAUAUCCAAAUGCAGAGCCCGUUGACAUGGUUGAGUUCCAUUAUCCCUCGGGUAGGUUACCUGCUAAAGUUGAUCAACCCCCGGAAGAAAGCAAUUACCGAUGGGUAUGGGGAUAUGGCGAUUCUAUGAGUGACCGUAUUCGGGGCUUUGAACAGUCCGUCGAUGAAAUCUUCCGCUAUAUGGAGAAAAAUGGACCAUUCCUCGGGCUCAUGGGUUUCUCCAUGGGUGCCGCUACGGGUGCUAUGAUUGCUUCUCUUUUGGAGAAAAGACACUCGAUCGGUAACUUCCAAUUCAAUACUGACCACCCCCCUUUGAAGUUUGUGGUUGCGAUUUGUGGAUUUACAUUAGAAGACCCUCUUUACAACGACUUCUACACCCCAAAGAUUGAGACACCGAUAUUCCUCGCUAUUGCCAGCAUAGAUGUAAUGGUCGCUGAAUCUGAAUCGCUGAGACUUCGUGAUUCAUGCACAAAUACUACUUUGUACUUUUUUGAGGGGGCACAUCAUGUUCCACGGCAUGAGGCUUUCUUGGAAUCCUUGAAUCAGUUUAUUGAAAAUGCUUUGAGUAUCAAGGAGGACCACGAGGAGGAUUGGGAGGAUUAUGGAGAUUAUUAA